AUGUCUUCAAAAUCACCUACACCAAAAAUUCAAUCAAUACAGGUAACUCCAUACGAAUACCAGGAGGAUGAUGAUAAAUUCAAUAAAAAAUUCAAAUUUAAAUCAACUUCAUCAUCAUUAAAUUUCUCACUAUCUAAUACAUUAAGAAUACUAAAAGACAUAAUAUAUAAAUUUCGAAAUAUAAUAAUUUGUUUCAUCUUUCUACUUUUUUUUAUUUCAUUAUUUAUAAUAAAUGGGUUAUCAUCGAAUUUAUAUUCACCAAAUUUAUCAGGUUUAGAUAAUGUUACAUUUUUUGAUUUAUCAAACUCAAAAGGUUCGGCAAAUGGUUGGCAAUAUGAUGAAAGAGUAUUAUUUUGUGUGCCGUUAAGAGAUGCUGCAGCUCAUUUACCAAUGUUUUUUGGUCAUAUGAAAAAACUAACUUAUCCUCAUAGUUUAAUUGAUUUAGCGUUUUUGGUAAGUGACUCAAAAGAUGAUACAAUGGGAGAAUUGUUAAAACAAUUAAAUGAAAUUCAAUCAGAUUCAAAAUUAAAAUUUGGAGAAAUUGAAAUAUUUGAAAAAGAUUUUGGUCAAGUUAUUGGUCAAGGAUUUAGUGAUAGACAUGGAUUUGCAGCUCAAGGUCCAAGAAGAAAGCUAAUGGCAAGAGCAAGAAAUUGGUUAUGGAGUGUUGCUAUAAAACCUCAUCAUUCAUAUGUUUAUUGGAGAGAUGCUGAUGUUGAGACUGUUCCUCCAACAAUUUUGGAAGAUUUAAUGCAUCAUGAUAAAGAUGUUAUAGUACCGAAUGUUUGGAGACCUUUACCAGAUUGGUUAGGUAAUCAACAACCUUAUGAUUUAAACAGUUGGCAAGAAUCUGAUGGUGGUUUACAAUUGGCUGAUUCAUUAGAUGAAGAUGCAUGUAUUGUUGAGGGUUAUGUUGAAUAUCAAACUUGGAGACCACAUUUAGCUUAUUUAAGAGAUCCAUAUGGGGAUCCAGAAGUUGAAAUGGAUUUAGAUGGUAUUGGGGGUGUAUCAAUUUUAACAAAAGCAAAAGUUUUCCGUACUGGUUCUCAUUUCCCAGCUUUUUCAUUUGAAAAACAUGCAGAAACUGAAGCAUUUGGUAAGUUAAGUAAAAGAAUGGGUUAUUCAGUAGUGGGAUUACCUCAUUAUGUUAUAUGGCAUAUAUAUGAACCAAGUUCAGAUGAUUUGAAACAUAUGGAAUGGAUGGCAUUAGAAGAAGUUAGACAACAAGAAGAAGCUAAAAUUAAAAAAGUUUAUGAUAAAGUUUGGGAUAAAGCUUUUGAAGAUGUUCAAAAAGAUUGGCAAUCUGAAAAAUCAAGAUUUUUAAAAAAUACUGAUAUGUCAAAACAUAGAAAAAUUCAUGUUGAUUGGAGUGGAGUUGAUGAUUGGCAUAUUGAUGAAAAUAUAAAAGAUGAGAAAAAAUUAGCUGAUUUUAAUCCGUAA